AUGAAGACCGUCGCAGCACUCCGGAGGUGUCCUCUUACCCACUCCUACCGGCCAUCACCGUUGGUGUUCGAUUUCCUCGCACCGUCAACUUUGCGACAGAGCUCUCGCGGAUACAAAUCCACAGCAAAGACACCCUUUUGGGGCAAAUCGCAUGAUGCAUCUCCAUCGCCCGACACAACCCCUAUUUCACCAAAACCCAAAUAUGUCCUCAGUCAAAAACAACGCGAGUUCUUGGAUAGUGCUCUUCGGGUCAACCAGGCAGGAGAGCUUGCAGCUACUUUAAUCUACAAGGCGCAAACGCCGCAGGUCGUGCGCUCCCAUCCCCACCUGCGUCCUUUGAUGAAGCACAUGUAUGAUCAAGAGGCUGGGCACUUUUCGACGUUCAAUCAAAUGGUUGCGAAACAUCAAGUUCGGCCAACGGCAAUGUAUCCGAUAUGGGAGGUGGCGGCAACAUUUCUCGGCUGGUCGACUGGAGCAAUGGGGCGCGAGGCUGCCAUGGCCUGCACAGAAGCUGUGGAGACGGAGAUUGGCUCUCACUAUAAUGAACAAGUGCGGGAGAUCCUGUCGUGGCAGGCUGAAGCGGAGCGUAGGGGGGAAGAACUGGACGAUGAAUUGAAGGAUAUGCUGGCAACGUUCCGAAGGAUACGCGACGAAGAAUUAGAGCAUUUGGAUCAUGCUGUCGAGAAUGAUGCCAAAGAAGCUCGGCCCUACGACCCGCUAGUCAGCGUCAUCCGAUUAGGGUGUAGAGCGGCGAUCAAUAUCAGUGAGAAGGUAUGA